CCGACUUAAAUUUGCCGUAAAUUUUUUAUAACCAAAUUGAAAGCGCAGCGAUAUUAAGUGCUAGUAUUUAAAUUAACACAAUUGUCGCUACAUUGAUGAGUGCAAAAAAGCAACACUGUGUGUUCAAGAAACUGCGUGUAAAAGAACAAACAAAGUAUCAAAAGCAAAGCAGGCAAUAAAACACGUACGACGACAGCAGCACCAAUACCAAUAUAAGUUGCUCAUUUCUGGCGCGUCACAUAUCCGUGUGUUAUAAUAAAGAAAGAAAGAAAUAGAUGGAUUUGGCUUCAAAUUUAGCCACCAAUUGUCGUGUCGAAGAAGAAGCGUUGAAGCACAUUUUACUCUUAUAGUCUUUAAGCAGCACUUUUUCGCGUAGCAAACGUAAAGCGAGCUUCAUAAAACUUUACACAAUUGAAUGUAAAUCUUAUAAGCUACAAAUCGGGAUCAAUACCAAGUAUGUGGCUUAAUUAAAACUGUGUAAAAAACGUGGCAGAAAAAUCCAUAUCCCGGGCAUAGAGGAACGACAAAAAUGUGAUGUGAAGAAUCCCUAGGUGCUAAUUUAGUUGAUAAGCUCAAACAAUAAGUACAAUAAACGCAAACGAGAAACACUAGGCAAACUUUUCGACGGGGUGGCAACGUUUCUACCAGUAUCAUUCGCGCUCCAAAGUAUGCUACAGCAAAAAGCGAACGGACGCCGCGCUGCCAUGCCAACGACGUAGCAGGAAAGAGAGAAACAAAAUAAAAGACAAAGCGAGAGAGAGAGAGAGAGAGAAAGAGAGAGUCACGAGCAGGUGAGCGGGAGAGCUGGAGAGAGCGCAAGACAAAACUAUUUUUGUAGUAACUGCUGGCAGAGAGCUGAAGAGCUGAAGAGCGGGAGAGGAGGAGAGAGGAGAGAAAGAGCACGCAACUGCGAAAUGUCGAAUUUCUUGAUAACCACCGCCGCGCCCAAAAGCCACAACAACAGCAAUAGCAACAGCAACAUCAACAGCAGCACCCAGCGACUGCAUCAACUCUAUGGAGUGGGGGGCAACCAGGUAGCGCGCAAGCUCAGCUACGAGCUGCUGGGCAACAACAACAAUAAUAAUAUUGUGAUCAAAAACGAAAAUCUGCUGGAUGUCCGCAACGACAGCAGCAACAGCGGCGGCGGCGUCGCUGCCCACCUGCGGGAUCACGUGUACAUAAGUCUGAAUAAAGCUGGCGGCACAACAGCGCCGGCAACCGUUAUAGCAGAAGCAACCAACACACAUCAGAAUCAGAAUCAGCAGCAGCAGCAGCAGCGAAAUAGCGGCGCAGCUGGCAAGGCGAACGAUAUCACACAAUAUUACAAGGUCAAGCGCCGACCGAACGUAACGACCCACGAGAUCCACCCCAAGAAGCAGGCCAAGCAAAGCGCACAGCACCAGACAGUCACCUACAACAGCAGCAGCAGCAGCAAGCAGCAGCUGCGCUAUCACCAGCAGCAGCAGCAGCAGCAGCAGCAGUACGAAAUCGACCACGACGAGGAAGACGAUGUGGAGACGAGCAAGUCGGCUGGCAACGGUACUUUGCAUUCGCAUUCGCAUACGCAUGCACUGUCCCAGCAGCAAACGGCGCUCGUGACAUCGUCCUCGGCUUCGACUGGCGGCGGCAGUAGCAGCGGCGGAGGCGGCGAUCGCAAUCGUGCGGACACCUCGCUGGGCAUAUUGACCAAAAAGUUUGUGGACCUGUUGCAGGAGUCGCCGGACGGCGUAGUCGAUCUGAACGAUGCGUCCACCCGGCUGUCCGUGCAGAAGCGUCGCAUCUACGAUAUAACGAACGUCCUCGAGGGCAUUGGCAUCUUGGAGAAGAAGUCCAAGAACAAUAUCCAAUGGCGCGGCGGCCAGUCGCUGGUCAGCAGCGAACGAUCUCGGCUCAUCGAGACUGAGAGUGAGCGGCUGGAGCAGCGCGAGAACGAGCUCAACACCCUAAUCGACCAGAUGCGUGGCGAACUGGCCGAAAUAUCACAGGAGGUGGAGAAUGUGGGCGGCAUGGCGUACGUAACGCAGAGCGAUCUGCUCAACGUGGAUCUCUUUAAAGAUCAGAUUGUGAUCGUGAUCAAAGCGCCACCAGAAGCCAAACUUGUACUGCCUAAUACGAAGCUGCCGCGCGAGAUUUACGUCAAGGCGGAGAAUAGCGGGGAGAUAAACGUGUUUCUUUGCCACGAUAACUCUCCGGAGAACUCGCCAGUCGCAGGGGGCUCCGGCUAUGGGGGUGCAGGGUCCCUGGGUAGCAACGGAAUACGCACGGCAACGUCGACGCGACUGCAGCAGCGCAUCGAUCCUCUAUUCAACAACAUUGAUGCCAUGAGCACCAAGGGGCUGGGCUCUCCACCGUAUCGCUUAGCAGCGCAGCGCAACCUCAGCAAAUCCAUUGAGGAAGCGGCAAAGCAAUCCCAGCCUGAUUUUAGUAAUAUUUGUGAUAUGGGCAGCGUCAAAUCUGAGACGGCCUCGCCGCAACGCCAGCUUCAAUGGCACACGACGCAAGCGAGCAGCAGCAAUGCUGAUGAUGAUGAUGAUAAUGAUGUCGAUGACGAACUGAAUCAGCUGGUGCCGACGCUCACCAGCCCAGUGGUGCGCAGUCAGCGGCACGGGCGCGCCAUUCAGCAGAUUCUAAACAGUCUCACACAAUCCUCGUCUCCUACGAAGACGAGCGCCGGCAUGCCUCGCGGCGCGACAGCGCGGCUUUGGCGACGCCCCGCCAACGUCACCGGCAACGCAACUACGCUUAAUAGUCAUAACCGAUCCGUCAGCAGCAUCAACCAGAACCACAAUUCGCAGCCACAGGGCGGCACAGUUAAUUACAGCAAUCAGCUGCAGCAGCGUCGUAGCGACGUACCCAUGUAUAACUGUGCAAUGGACGACGCAACUGCGUCAACGUAUGCUGUUAGUGAUAACAGCAGCAACAACACCCAUAGCAGCGGCAUUAGCAGUGGCAGCGGCAGCGGCAGCGGCAGCAGUAACUCCACUGCCAUGGGCUCUCUGGACAUGCAGUUUGCGGCAGUUGCCGGCAAUAUGCCAGCGACGACAUAUGGUGACAUCUCUGGCGCUGGCGCCAACAUUAAUCAGCAGCAGCAAUACAGCAGCAGCAACAACAAGGAAAUUUAUCGCGGCCUGACGCCUGCUGCUGUGGCCGACUGUGACGCCGACAGCGAUGGCAGCAAUGUGGCGCUUCAAGGUCUCGAUGCGCUCCUAGGCGACUUUAGCAACUUUGAUUUCGAUAAAGCUUUUGUAUCCAUCGAUCCGCCAGAUGAUAUUGAAUAUCCCUAUGCUCUUAAUGCCAACGAGGGUAUCGAUCAACUCUUCGACUUCAGCUCUGAUGCCUACGGCACUGAUAACUGUGAAUGGAGAGAUGCGGGGAAAAAGAGUGGGGAGGGGUGUUUAUAAUUCAAAAUUAUAUACAAGAAAAGCAGCGCAUAUUACGUUAGAGAUGAUCUAUUAUUAUUAUUAUUAUUACAAAUUACAAAUUAUCAAGUAAAAGAGAACAACAGCAAAACCUAAAAAAAAAAAUAAUUAAACAAAAAAAAAAAAAGUGUAGAAAACUUAAUGAAACUAAGUUGUGUGUAAAAUUUUAAGCAUUAAAACUACAUUUAAAUUUAUAAUCCAAACAUGUAUUUUAAGUUUAAAGAAAUUUCCCCACAAAAUGCAAAAUACAUUUUAUAAGCAUAUUUAAAUUCUUAGCAUUAAACAUCAAUAAAAACAGGAACAACGCAAACAAUAGCAAACACACAAAACAAAGCCUAAAACACAAAUCAAUUUGGAGUAGAAGAAAAACCUCAAUAAAAGUUGUUUGCGUUCGAGCUGUCUGUAAAAUAGGUACACACACAAAUAAUUUUAAAUUAGUAAAACCAAAUAGUUAUACAAUUAAUAAUUACUGAAAAUACAUAACAGAUUGUCAUCAUUAGCGAUGCUAAAUAUUCCAAAAACAGCAGAACAUAAAAAGGAAGACCACAACGAGCCCGUAUCUCUGUUACUCUCAAAUAAUUCCCAGUUUACGAUCUGCAUGCAACUCACAGCCAGGAAUUAUAAUUGUUAAAUCGAGUCACACAAGGGUGUGGGCACCUGCGAAGAAUUUGUAUGAUUUCUAUGUACUUGUUUUGUUAACUGUUUGCCGUUUGCCGUUUGCUGUUUACAUAUACAUAUAUAUUUCACUAGCCAUUUCAAGCCAGACUCUGCCCCUUCAAUUCACUCUGUGCGUUUGAUUCAGUUCUCAAAGAAAAGUGCAGAAUUACUUAUUUGUUAUUGUUAUGAAAGUGUAAACUAGAAAUUAAAAGCUUCAACUGACUCGACACUCGCAGUUAAACGAAUAUAGGAGCGACACCGCCUCGUACGCAAAUAGCAAUUCAUAGUUCACCAACAAAGUUAAAAAGCCAAAUCAUCGCCCCACACAAUUGAAUCCAACAGAUAACAGCCAAUUGCAACUAGUUAUUAAUAUCGAUCACCUAGAGAUAAACAAAUUUACAUAAGUGUAUAAAAGCAAGAUGACGAUGAAGAAAGCUCUAUAAAUAUAAUUUUAUUUUAUUAACAAACAAAAAACUUGUUAGGUACGUUUCUUUCGUGUCAAAACAGAAUCAACAAAGAAAAAAAAAUAAAUAUUACAAAGCAAAAAAAUAA